AAGCAAAUCAGAUCGUAUUUGCAGAGAGCGAAGAAAAUCCAAGAAAUAUUGAAACUUGAAUAUCCGCUCCACCAAAGCCAAUCUAACCGAAAGAAAAAAAAGAAUAAAAAACCCUAACCCUAGUAAACUCUUCAACUCCAAACAUUUCAUCACCGAAGAAACAGAGCCUUUUACACAUACAACCCAAAAAAAAAAAAGAGAAAUGCUUUAAUCAUUUGCAUUGGCAUUACACAGAGAGAGAGAGAAUUCGGCAAAAACAAAAAAAUGCUUUACUGUGCUGAUCUAGAUUUUAUCACCAAUGUUGUUCAGCCUUCUGAAACUGAAGAUCCCCAAAUACCGAGUUCCUGAAACAUCUCCAAAUUCCAAAUUCAACCCAAAUGUCCUCCUCUGAUCAUCUAUAACCCCAUAUGCUCAAAAUUCAAUCUUCGAAUAAAAAAAACCCCCCAAAAAAGCUACAAUUAUUGAAGAGUUUAAAACACUAUUGUUAUGGGAGCUGAAAAGAAAUGGCUUUUCACUCUUUUUUCCACUACAUUUCUCUCCAUUCUCCUCCUCUUACUUUACUCAAUCUCAGCUUUCAGCUCCCCUAGACCUUUCCCUUCCCUAGUCCAACAUGGCCUUCAUUAUCCACCAGCUUUUGGGUACUAUAUAUUUGGUGGGAGAGGUGAUAAAGAUCGGAUCUUUAGGCUACUGCUUGCUGUCUAUCAUCCCAGGAAUCGGUAUCUGUUGCAACUUGGAGCUGAUGCUUCUGAUGAGGAAAGGUAUAGGUUGGCUUUGGCUUUGAAAUCUGUGCCUGCUAUUAGGAGCUUUGGAAAUGUGGAUGUUAUUGGGAAGCCUGAUCGGUUUUCUUAUAUGGGUUCCACGCAUAUUGCUGCCACGUUACAUGCUGCUGCUGUUUUGAUGAAGCUUGAUCGUGGCUGGGAUUGGUUUAUUGCUUUGAGCGCUUUGGAUUAUCCCUUGGUUACUCAAGACGAUUUGUCCCAUGUGUUCUCUUCUGUUAGGAGGGACCUCAAUUUCAUUGAUCAUACUAGUGACCUUGGGUGGAAAGAAGGUCAACGGAUCCAGCCUAUUGUAGUUGACCCAGGGCUUUACCUAGCUAGGAGGACCCAAAUUUUUCAUGCUACAGAGAAACGACAAAUGCCUGAUGCUUUCAAAGUAUUCACAGGUUCCCAAUGGGUUGUCUUAAGCAGAUCCUUUCUGGAAUUUUGCCUUUUUGGGUGGGAUAAUCUACCCCGGACCCUUCUGAUGUAUUUCAACAAUGUUAUGUUGGCUGAAGAAAGCUAUUUUCAUUCUGUUAUUUGCAAUUCACCGGAGUUCAAGAAUACUACUGUUAACGGUGAUUUAAGAUAUAUGAUUUGGGACAGUCCUCCAAAGAUGGAACCCCACUUUCUCAACAUUACUGAUUAUGAUCAAAUGGCCCAAAGUGGAGCAGCUUUUGCGAGACAGUUUCAAAAAGAUGAUCCUGUGUUGGACAUGGUUGAUGAAAAGAUCCUCAAUCGUGGGCGAAACCGUGCUGCCCCAGGGGCAUGGUGCACUGGCCGAAAGAGCUGGUGGAUGGAUCCUUGCUCCCAAUGGGGUGAUGUAAAUGUCUUGAAGCCUGGACCUCAGGCAAAGAAGUUUGAGGAAACUAUAAUAAACCUUCUUGAUGACUGGAAUUCACAGUCAAAUCAGUGCACAUGAAGAGGUGUGAACUGUGAACUAAAAGGUGAAUGUUUCAGGGACUCAGCGCAUUAUCCUUGCAUCUGAAUCUCAUGAAAGGUUCAAAAGAACACCAUCAGAUGAGAUACAUUCUUUGGUCUGUAUGCCUAUUUUUUGGGGGUUCCUCUUAUCACACAGGCUACGAUAUUUUUUAUAUGAGAUGCCAGAAUUAAGGGGAGAACAAGUGAAUUCACUUGAGGUUUUGCUCUGUGUUGUUGGCUUCAGGGUUAGUAUUUAAUGGUCAAGCCACCCAGAAGUGUACGUUGAUUAAGAAGACCUCCCUCUUGCGUUGCCAUUUGCACGCUCUUGUAUGUUCUACCCACCUUUCAUUUGGCACGUUGAUGUUGGAAGACAAAUUCAUUGAUUAAAAUAUCCUGUUGUAUUGUCA